AUGGCCUUCUUCAAGUGUUUCAAGAAAGGUACCGUUACUAUUCUUGAGGAUGAAAGUGAUGACAGGGAUGAAGGUUCCACAUUGCUUAUAGGUGCGCCACUCUUAGCUUCAGAGGUAUCAGAGGUGGACAACUCUCUUCAUAUUCCGUCUUGGUCCCAAGAGGUGUUUUGUCAACUGAGCAGCUUCAAAAAAUCCAAGUCUACAGGUAGGGACCUUCACUUCACUAUUUUACAAUUAAAAUCCUCGCAUCAUACAGAGACCGAUUCAUUAGGGGCAUUCGAACUUCUUAGCGAUCGAAUCCAUAAUGUAGCAGUGAAUUGA